AAGGCUGAACAUAGUGGUUGUCAGCAAGCUUGUUCUGCACAUAGUCCUGACCUACAGUAACAUUCGUCAGUUCUGAAAACAAAAUGCUUCUCCUGAGUGGAGCGCUUGCGCUUCUGCUAGAAAGCGUUGCCGUUGAAGGUACUUCUACUUCCCAACCAUCACCUGUCAUCAACAAUUACCCUGAUCACUCUCUCUCUUAUCUUCAGUCAUCAAGUACUACCCUGAUCACUCUCAAUCUCUUUUUCGUCUAAGUACAUCAUCAUCUCUCAUCAAGUAGUACUGCCCUGAGGAAGAAUCAUGUAAUUACGACAGGUGUGACCGGUUUAAGUUUUUCGGAGUUUCGGCAUCGUGAUGUUGCGAAGUUGAGCGACGAUGACGAGAGCAAAGCUCUAACAGCGGAUGAGGAAGAUUAAGAGGUGGGUGAAAAAGAUUUGUUUGAUUGUAGAUCGAGGAACACAGCGUGACUUUGAUUGUAUUGUAUUUAUUAAUUUGCAUUGCUCUUCUAAAAAGAGGAAUCUGAAGUUGCUGACGCUGAGGAUGACGCCGAACUGAAUGAAGAGGGAAAUGAAGUAGACGAGGGGCAUGAUGAAGAAUUAUGGCUGUUUUGCUUUAGUUUUUCAAUCCAAAUCCGCAAUUGCUCCGAGAAAUAUAAGUACUUCGUUCCUCUUUAGCCCUUUGAUGUUCCUUCGAUGUGAAGUGUACUUCACCUUUUGUUCUUUCGCCAUGUGCAUGUGUCCUUCUAAGAUCAUAGAUGUGUUUCUCUAGUAGGUUGAUAGCACUUUUUAUUUUCCUGUGUUUGCAACCAAUACAAGUACGAGGUUGGAGAAUAGGUGAUCGUUUUGAAGAAACCACUCGAAUGAAUCUCGACGCUGAGGAGCUUGCAGAGGAGGACGAGGCAGAAGAUAUGGCAGAGACAGAAGACGCAGAGAUGGAUGAAGAUGCACAGAUGGAAGAAGAAAAUUAGGGCAAAGAACACAGGUCGUUUCACAAAGAAGUGUAAGAUAAGAGGGCUUGUUACUCUAGUAAUUUAAAGUAAUCUAACGAGGAUGUCGAUCUUUGUGUGACGGCGACCCUUGUGUGACGGCGAAGUCAUGGCUAACCCUAUCCUGUGCUGCUAAGUAUCCUACCCUAAACCCUAAACCCUAUAUAGACCAUGUCGGCAUUAUAGGUUCAAAUCCAGAUUCGGAAUUAUAAGCCCACAACUCUAAGACCACAAGGCGCCAGCAGUGGGGAAUCCAGCAAUGGCAGAGGCUCAACCUCAAAGUACGAACGAAGAGGUAGGUACGGAGGUGAAAGUGGAGGAUGGGAAGGCGACCGCGAUCGGCUUCCUCUCAGAGGGCAAGCCAAAGGAGAAAAAGCAGCUUUUCGUCAAGCAGGGGUCGUCCAAGAAGAGUAGAAUUAAGGGAGGUUGUAUCUGAAAUACUGUCCCGAACUGAUGACAAUUCAUUCCACUGUUGGCUCAAAGCUCAUUUGAGCUCUUCUAAUAAGAGAACUGCAGAAAUGAAGAAGAAGGAUUCGAAGAAACUGAGCAUCUUCAUCGACGAUCGCAUGUCGACACCGAAGAGCCGUCGGGCAAGAGCGCUUUUGAACAGGAAGGCCUAUGGCAAAGCGAGUAUCAGUUUUUCCUUUUUGUUGCCCUCUGGAAGGAGUGUUCGACAUUCGUAAAAUGAGAAUCAGUUCAUCUAGAAAGAGCGUGUUUACCACCGGAGACUCAUAGUCUACGACUAGUAGCUGCAUAUGUCAUGUUUGUUGUACUGAUUUAGUUUUAGAUAAUUUAGAUUUGAGCUCAAUAAUUGGAAAGCAGUUGUCCUUGAAGUUGAAACACGUCAUCAAUGUGAUGAAAUCUCUCUUCUAUCCUCUUGCCUCCGCUCUCUCGUCGGCCCUCUAAUGUUGCACAGAAGAAAGCAAGGAUUCGUUCAAAAGGUCAUCUUCUGAGAAGAAGGAAGAGACCAAGAAAGAAGAGAAGAAAACCGACGAGAAGUUAAGGCUCACGAUAUAACUCGCCUCCACUUUCUCAAUUAAUUUUCCGCUAAGUGAAAUUAAUUAAUCCAUCUCGAGAAAAUAUAUACUGCUUCGGACAUUUGUUGAAUGAUUAUUUUAAGCUCUAAAUACGAAAGCAGAGAAAAAGGAAGAAGAGAAAAAGUCCAAGGGUGAGGCCCCAGCCCACAUCAUCGUUGAGACAGCGGAGGAGCAUGAGAAGAAUGGCAAGAAAUCUAGUACUUUGAUGCACCAAAAGUCCUCGAAGAAGAAAUUUUCGAAGAAGUCGAAAACGAGCAGCGAGCAGGUGAAGAAAGUCGCGGAGAAAUCUGAAGAGAGUAGUACGACGAAGAAGGGUGACAUGAAGGACAUGAAGGUGCUCUUCAGUAGGUCACCGGAAGACGAAGAAGCACUCAUGCAAAAGAAGUCUGCUUCUUCUUCAGAGGAAAAGAAGAAAGGCCACUCUAGUAGUGCUGCAAAGACCUCCAAGAAGUCCUCGUCACACACGUCCUCCAAGAAGGAGUCCUCCGAAAAAUCUAGUACCUCUGUUCACACCAAGAAGUCGCAGUCUUCCGAGGACAAGAAGUCUUCCGAGGACAUGAAAGUGCUUUUCAGCAAGGACUCUAUCUCGAAGGAGGAAGAAGAGCAGUCCUCGUCUGAAAAAGAGGGCAUUUCUUCCAUGAUCGGACAAAAGCGUAAGACGGGUAAGAAGUCCUCUGCAGCACUCUCUGCUGGCAAGAAGAAGCACAUGAAGGGAAAGCACCACUCCCACAAGUAUUCGUCUUUGAAAAAGAAAGGUAGCCAUUAUGGACAUAUGUUGUCGUCGUUGAAGUGAUGUGAAAGAACGGAGCUUCCUCGUUCUAAGCGUUAAAUUGUUGAGCGUGAAUAAAAAGUAGAAGUAUAUAGCGUGAAUAAAAGUGAAAGUAUAAAGGUAAUAAGCCUAAUGAAAUUUAGAAUGUCUUCACCAGUAAGAGUAAGCACUAAAAAGCACUGCUUGUUAUGUAGCUAUUAGUUAGGCAUUUUGCCGAGUAGAUCCAAAUUAUCAUCUAGCUCUUGAACUUCUAAACUCCGAAGAGAGUCAAGAAAGCAGAGACGAGCAGUCUGGAGAUGAACGUGUCCACCGGCAAGACAGGGAAGACGCACAGCAAGAAUUAAGGCAACGAACUGGAUGUAAACUAUGUUGGUUUGUUUUUACCUUGUUGGUUACUGAGAUAUGUGAAUACCUAGGACAACGAGGACGUAGUCGCUCGUGUUUGAUGAUCUUCUAAUAAAAGCACACCAAGAGGGCGACCAAGGGGCACUCAAAGGAGGCGGAAGACGCGAGUAGCAACAUUCGCGUCAUCAUGGCUCAUGACAAGGAUGAGCCAAAGGCUGGCAAGGAAUCGAAGGAGAGCGAAAGCAAGAAGAGUGCCGAAGACAAGAAGGUGGCACUCGAAGAAUCACACGCGAAGAUUAAGGCAAAUGCAAAUGCUCCUUGAUGUAUUUGCAAAUGCAAAUGCAAAUGCUACUCGGCCUCACUCGAGUAGGCACGACCGUCGUGACACGGCCAAAAAGCCUGAUUAUCGGGCCGCCGACGUCGCCAAUGAAUGAAUGAAUGAUGUACUUAGUUAAGUCCUACUUGCUAGACACACGAUCUGACCACAACACCAGAUAGUACAUUGAGAAAGCCUCCUCAUCAUCCUCUACAACAUCGACCUCCACGUCUUCCUGUAUCAUCGACCUCCAACAGGUUCGUGUAUCCUCUAAAUCUUAGGGUGAAAUGACGAACCAUCAGUGCCGCGUGAUGUGUCAGCGGUUUGGGAUGGCUGGUAUGGGAGAGCAGUUUAAAGGCUUGACGCCGCAGGACUGCACCAAGAAAUGUGAUCAGGUGUAUCCUGCGUUCUUGUAACUUUUUCUUCUAUACACUAUGUAUGACCACUACUACAGUAGAAAAGAAGAGAAAUGACAAGAGUAGUCUCUGGAGAAAGAGAACGAGAUCUUGUAGUACAACGAUGUAGUGGCAACUGGCAGAAAAGUUGUAGAUCCUCUUCGAGCGCGUGGUAGUGUGUCGAGGUCUAUCUUCCUGCGUUCCUGGUACAUCUUCACGCUCGUGAUGUAUGUGUGGAAUUAUGAAGUCUACUACUUGGGUCGUGAAGUAGCUAAAGACCUCCUAAACUUGAUUGAGUAUCUUCUUCACUAUUGCCCGUAUAGAAAAAGCAACCAGAAAGGCACAACAAUUUUUGAAGUUUGCCAACCUAUCCUAGUAUGAGUUAUUUACAGGUUACUGACUAGCUGAUCUUUGGCCUUCCUCGGUUCAUCAACAUUAUUUACAGGUUACUGAUUAGCUGCUGGGGUUCAUAGAACCAUAUGACUUCAAGAGUUGUAUGGGUUUAGGGUUGGGUUUAGGGUUUAGGGUUAGGGUUUAGCGAAUUGUAUGAUUUCUACGUUGAACGAAGACAGAGGUUGCGGUUUCACGCUUAAUAUCACUUGCACGAGGACACAGAUGGGGAAUAUCACCUGCACGACACAGAGAGUCCUCACACCGCUGCUGGUGCGUCGAACUAUUCGAAAAAUUUGUAAUUGUAAUUGUAACACACAUUUGUUUCAGCAUAUCAAAAUGCAUAUUUAUGUCCUCUUACAAAUGCUGUGAUUUUGUGAAGAACAACUUUUUGUGAUUAAGUAUCCUGGAUGCAUAAGAAUGUCUAACUGAUCUUCUAUCCUCCAUGAUGUUCAAGAAGCCUCGCAUAGAAAAAUGAAAAGCAAAUUCAGUCGUAAACGUGCAUUGAAAGAAUGAUUUAAGUUUAUAGCUUUCUAUCAGAAGUUCUCAAGAUGUGAUGUGAGAAGGAAGGUGACCUCCUGUGUGAAAAGGUGACCUGCCGCUGUGUGUCGUGUUGACGCUGAUCUCUGUCCGCAU